AGGACGCGCUCGAGCCGGACGGAGGCAGACAAAAGCCGGGGCCCCGCGUGAGAGCUUCGUGUCCGUGGAGGGGGGGGGGGUCGGAGAGUGAACCAAGCACGUUCCGCUCUGUGGUUUCUCACCCAUUUUUAUUUUUAUUUUUUUUUCCGGAUUAAUCCCAUUAUUUGCCACUCAUGCUGAUCGGACAGUCGCACACUUGCUGAUUCGCCACGCUAGCGCCAUGAGCGGGCUUCUCAAGAGGAAGUUCGAGGAGGUGGGCGAGGACCCGUGCUACUCGUCGCCCUCGCCCUCCUCGCUCUCGUCGGCUUGCUCCACCUGGGACUCGGAGGGCGAGAGCUGCUACUCGGACACCCUGGAUUCCACCCCGAGCAACCCCGGCUCCCCGGCAACGCAUUUCAACACGACAUCCAUCCUCAAGAAAUCCAAGAGGGCGCGCCGGAGCAACGUCACCUUUGACCAGGUGACAGUCUUCUUCUUCCCGAGGUGCCAGGGCUUCACCAGCGUGCCCAGCCGAGGGGGGUGCACCCUGGGCAUGACGCCCCGGCACAGCGUGCGCCGCACGUACACGCUGGCCGAGUUCGCCGCCGAGCAGCGUCUCCUACGCCGGGAGAAACUCCUCAACCGGCUACGGGAAGAGAAGCUGGAGGCUCUCAAAUUAAAACUGACCAAAAACGGAACCCAGGACAGCGAAGAGGCCGAGCGGCUGACCGUGGACGACAUUCCCGAGCGGGACGUCGACGUUAGCGGCGCCGACCUGGAGGAGGGCUCCUUCCUCCAGCCGUACCCGUCCAAGCGGCGCUACGCUCUGCUCAAGGCCGCUGGCGUCAAGAAGGUGGACAAGGAGGAGAAGAGACAGCUGCACGAGCUGAGGAUCUCCAGGGAGCGUUGCGGAUGCGACUGUCAGGGAUUCUGCGAGCCCGAAACCUGCGGCUGCAGCCUGGCUGGCAUCAAGUGUCAGAUGGACCAUUCGUCGUUCCCGUGCGGCUGCACGAAAGAUGGCUGCGGGAACACGGAAGGCCGCAUCGAGUUCAACUCCACCCGGGUGCAGACGCACUACAUCCACACCAUCAUGAAGCUGGAGCUAGAGAAGCGGCUGGAGGAGCAGUCGAGCACCGAGGAGGAGGCGACGGAGGCCAAGGCGAUCCCCCCCGCGCACUCCUUCCCCUUCAGCGCCGAGCUGGCGUCUGCCGGCGACAACAGCUGCAGCAGCGACAUGUCGGACUCGUCGGCCCAGAGCGACGACUCUGAGGGCGGCGGGAGCCCGUGCGGCCGGCGGACUCCGCUGGACGUGGACGAGAAAGGCCUGAGCCGCAUCCUCAGCUUCAACGACACGGAGAACGGGGACGCCGCGGUGAAGGACGCUUGUUCCCGGCAGGCGGCGACGACGGAGACUUUCAGCAGUUUCAGCAUGGUGGACUUUGCGGACGAGAACGACAACAUCGACGCGGCGCUCUUGGACAAUCGGGCCGUCUCGGAACUUUUGGACGAGAACGCCAACCAGGGCAACGGACUCUUCCACGGCGGCAGCGUCCCGCACACGCCCUCGCCCACCGUCGACCGCUCGGCGAGCUACAACAUGGAGCUGAGCCUCUCCUCCGAGUCGGACCUGGAGUUCUUCGACGGUUUCCCCUGCCUGGGCCCCAGCUCGCUCUACAACUCGCUCAAGGAGUACGAGCACAUGGACAACUUUUUCCACUUCCAGUUGCCGAGCUACCCGAGCCUGCCGGCGUCCGGCGACCCGGGCACCUGCCUCCUGGAGUCCCUCAUCGGUCUCUCCGAGUCCGUCCCGGAACCGCCCGCCGCCUUUACGGACAAUCAGAUGUUGGAGGAAGCCAUGAAGUUGUCUGUAAUGGAGUCUGUGAAAGUUUGACUAUAGAGAUACAUCACUCACAAGAAGUUGGGGAUCUUAAGCUUUUGGGUCAUGAGUUUUGCCAUUCAGCUUUUUGUUGGAGGAAAAAAACAUUGAACAGUUGAACUUGCGCAUUCAAAAUUUCAGAGAUUGUAAAAUUAUGUUCGUCCUCAAAUUGCACCCGAAAGUCCAAAAUCCCAAACUUUUAGUGAGUAGUGUAAGAUUUUGUGAAGAGCGCUUGGUGGUACAUGUCGGACUUUUGGAGGAAGUUGUGAUCUUCUUCUUUGCCUGAAGUCCAAACUUGCCUUCAAUGAGUUUGGGAGCUAACGCGAAGGCCCGCGGGCACCAAAACACGCCGAGAGAACUCUCAACCAAACCCAAGAACGGGAACAGGAACGAGCCGUAACAACACAGCUGAAUGUGCACCUCAGGGAAUAUUUUUUUCUAGGUUUUUGGAGGCCAUUGCCGCGAUGGUUUUUGCCUUCGUUGGACCCUUCCCUUUCAUUGAGGGGGUGGGGUCCCUUUUUUUCUGUGGAAUCCUGAAGCUAGUGGACUCCCGAGAGGAUCGCAUGGUACAAAAAAUGGAAAAAUCGCGCUCGAUCAGCACUUUAUCUGUACUCAAAGGCAUCGUUUUGGUCGCGUGGGGUGUGUAUUCAACCGGUAAAUUAUAGGUUCUUGGCUCAAACUAUUACAAAGCUGUACUUUUUUUUUUUUUUUUUUUUUUGCUUUUUGUCACUUAAGUUAUUUCCUGCAAGGAUUUUUAUUUAUUUGCCAUUCGAGAAGCACUGUGCUUUCUUUCGCAACAGUCAAGUGCAAUCGUCUUCAUGCGUUGUUUUUUUUUUUCUUUUCUUUUUUAAAACCUUAUCAGAAAAAGGCCAUCAGAAAAGUAUUUAUCUAUUUGCUGACUAACUUAUUAUCUCACCAGUUAUUUAAUUUUUUUAGCAAUAAAAAUGGAUCCGUAGAAGCCAAGCAAGUAAACUGUGGAAUCUCCCUUUAAAAAUCACUAAAUUAUGGGAUUUAUUGUAUUUCUGCAUAUGUAAUGUAACCAGAGAGAGGAAAAAAUGACUAAUAUUUUGUAACUAAUUUAAGUAGGUUGACAAAAAGAGAAUUCUAAUGAAAUCGCUGACAAAUUGAAUAUUUUAUUAAGCAGAAACAUUUUCAAUCGGAAUACAACCUUUAUGAGAUAUCAACUAUAUUACGUUUACGGUCUGAAGUAUUUUUCGUGGGCAGUUUUGAACAUCGUGCCACUCGAAGAUCGAUUUGAUUGUAUUCUGAAUUUUCCUCGGAAGUCUGUGACUCGUGUUACAGCGUGUUUUAUCUAUUUGAAAAAGGGGGUUUUGCUGGAUAGAAACUGCAUAUAUUAUACAAUUUUUAUCAUGCGUGCAUAACCUCCAAUGCGAAGAAGUUGCCUCAUUUUAAAGGGGACAUAUUAUGCAGCUUGCGUUUUCACAAUUUAGAACAGUUUCCAUGUGUCUUAAGAAAAAGUGUCUGAUAUUAUUAGGUCAAAAUACGCAAACUAUUAAGAUUGAAGGCACAUCUUGAAAUCACAAAUUUGGGGGAGAGGCUCAUUUCUGCAUCCGGACUGCAAAUGAAUGGCGCUUGCACAGAGCCGCCACCACUGGCACAUUUGUGACGUCGCAAUGCUGUAAAAUUCAGAAUGACUCUCACACAGACGCAUUUUGAGAAAUCGGGACUAUUUGUAUACGAUCUGUUUAAAAAGUCAAUUUUUCCAUACUGUGUCCCCUUUAAAAUUCAGUUUCCAACAGCCAGUGAGGGAGGAUUAAUGUGACAGGGGGAGCUAGAGAGUCACUGUACAUAUCUCACCGAUGUUCUGCAACUGUUUGAGCAGCCUUUCGGGCAGGGGUGGGGAACCUGCGGCACGUGGGCCAUACGCGAGAACGUUUUGAUGCGGCCCACCACGCUAUUCAAAAAAAAUUUGCAUUAUAUUUUUCCAUAAAUGUCAUCUAAUGUCAAAGCUUCCCCACUGCUGCUUCCCAACUUAAUGCAUGCAGGUCCCUGCUUGCUGAAACCUGAAUUAACUGUAUACUUUCGAAAAGUGCAACAAAUUGGAAAUGUAUUCGCUUUUUGCCUUUUUCUUUUUGGUAUUAAUUUAAAAAUCCAUCCGAUGAUGCCAUGCUGAGUUCUCUUGUACAAAAACAUCAUGAAGACAUGGCAACAACAGUGAGUGUUUAUCAAUGUCAUGAAUUAACAGUACUGCUUUUUUUCCCCGCCCUUCUCGACUUCAAAGAACGUGUCUUACAUUAUUUUGAAAAUUUUUCGGACCUUUGUUGUGUAGUAUGUAUAUAUUUCUGCUUAAACUCUCCUGCAGAGCCAACAAAAGCUGCUUUGUUUUCUACGUACUCACACUUUAACCUGCUGUUUGACAGUCUUUUCAUGCAAGCCAUUUUGACAGCCUGUCCCUCGAUAUAAUAAAACAUUUUCUAAAUGCUUGA